AUGAAGCCUCCUAAUUUGUCAGUGCUCAACUCUUCUGCAAUGUCGUCCCAGCAAACCGUGCCUCACCAACAGCCUGAAAUCAGAGAACCUAAGCUAUCAGUUCGUUUGCACAUUAAUAAUAAAAGGCCAACUGGGAAUGCAACUGACGAUGUUGAAGGAUCGUUGUUGAAAGGAAAUAGCAAUGAUGAGCCUCGUGAUCAUGAUCAUAUUUUUGUUCAUAGUGUAAGCAAAAAAAGGAGAGUGAGUAACAAGAAGGAGAUCAAGAAACGAAGUUUUUCGAUUUCGCUAAAGAAAGAGGAGAUUGAACUUGAUUUUCUUCAAUUGACUGGAGUAAAACCUAAGAGAAAGCCCCACAAGAGAGACAAGGAUGUGCGGACAAAGCUUGACACCCUGUUUCCUGGUCUUCGUUACUUGUAA